AUGGGCCCCUGUACCGCCUCCUCAUGCUGCUGCCAGGCCCGUAAUCUGCCAUGGGCCCCCGUACCGACUCCUCAUGCUGCUGCCAGGCCCGUAAUCUGUCAUGGGCCCCUGUACCGCCUCCUCAUGCUGCUGCCAGGUCCAGAGUGUCUCAUGGGUCCCUGUACGGCCUCCCAUUGCUGCUGUCUCCAUCGCCACACUCUGCCAUGUGCCACUUUCAGGUCUCCUCACACUGCUGGUGGGUUCCAUUUUUUCAUAGGGUGCUGGCAGAUUACGGGCCUCCCAUUGCUGCUGCCAGGCCCGUAAUCUGCCAUGGGCCCCCGUACCGACUCCUCAUGCUGCUGCCAGGCCCGUAAUCUGUCAUGGGCCCCUGUACCGCCUCCUCAUGCUGCUGCCAG